CUUUCCGGUUGUCAAGCUCAGCCAAGAUGCGUUCCGUCACGCUGAAGGAUGUUGAACAAGACAAAGUCGUCAAGUUUGUCGCGGCCCAUCUUAAAAAAAUAGGCAAAGUCAAGGUUCCCGAACACAUGGACCUUGUUAAGACUGCUCGUUUCAAGGAGUUGGCACCUUAUGACCCUGACUGGUUUUAUGUACGUUGUGCUGCGGUUCUCCGCCACAUCUACAUCAGAUCUCCUGUUGGAGUCAAGACUGUAACUAAGAUCUUUGGUGGUCGUAAACGUAACGGUGUCACACCAUCACAUUUCUGCAGGUCAUCUGGAAGCAUUGCCCGUAAAGCUCUACAAGCUUUGGAGGCGCUCAAGUUGGUUGAAAAAGUACCUGAUGGUGGCCGCAUCCUUAGCACACAGGGUAGGCGUGAUCUUGACAGAAUCGCCGCCCAGGUCCGUCUAAAGGCCAAGCAAGCUGCUAAACAAAGUGUAAUUGUUCUGUAACUUUACGAUAAAUAUAAACAUAAAAUCU